CUCUGACUAUCAGGAUGAAGGUGAAUAUUGCUCUGCUGAUGCUGUGCUGUCUGUCACUCACUGAUGGACAAACUGAUGUGCAAGAAAACAACCUGCCAGACAUCUGGAAAGAGGUGAGAGAUGUAAGAGACAUGAUGGUGGAGCUCAGAGUCAAGUUGGAAAUGGUAAUGAAUGACAAUUCAAAAAUGGCAAAACAAAUACUGGAGCUGAAGAAAGAGAAUGCAGGGCUAAAUGAGCACAUGAAGGUCAGUGAAACCCAGCUGGAAGCAUUAAAGAGAGAAAAUGCAGAACAACCUAAAGUGGCAUUUUCAGCUGACUUGGGGAUCCGUGGCAAUAUAGGUCCCAAGACUACUGAGGUCACACUGGCAUUCAACAAUGUCUUCACAAAUAUUGGUAACAACUACAACUCAACAACAGGUCUCUUCACGGCACCAGUUAAAGGAGUGUACUACUUCAGAUUCACUAUAUGUGGUAUUCAAAUCAACCAGUCAAUGGGUGCAAAUUUAUAUAAAAAUGGGCAGAAUAUUGUGUCAGUGGGACAAUGGCUUUAUCACAAUCAGCACCGAUAUGCAUCAAAUGGAGCUGUCCUGCAGCUGGAAGUGGGUGAUGUCAUUUGCAUGAAGCUCCUCCCACGUUACACCAUCUAUGACAGUCCAGGUAACCUCAGCACUUUCAGUGGAUUCCUCAUUUACCCAUUAUAGUGAUCGACCACUGAACACUGACAAAACAUGGACGCUUUUAUUGAUCUUCUGGAUUUUCAUUCUCUAACAGAAGACAAAU